AUGAACCGCCGGAGCAUCGAGCCUCUUUCAGCUCUGCCCUCGGCUCGCGGCUCCAAAAGCCAGCAGGGCCGAUGGGGCAGCGCUUGUGCCGUGUGCGCAACCGCCAAGGCCAAGUGUCUUCGUAGCAGUGAUGACCCAGGCACGCCUUGUGACAGGAAAACAUCACAGCUUGAAGAACGGCUGAAUGGACUGGUCGAUCUUCUCCGGGCAUCAGGGGAGUAUCCGUCAGACGAGACAAGGGCAAGGCAAAGUUCUUCGUCACAACUUGAGGAUGAGCAGGGUUCAUCACAAGGGCCUUCUCCAAUUUCUUCGAGUACCGCCGGCAAUGUCAUACACAUACCUCAGACGUGGAACCGCCAUGCUCCACCUCGGUGCAUUUGUCGGGCGCAGGCCGGUGAUGUCCCUCUUCAGAGACGCCCAGACGACGAGCUCCUGGAGAUUUAUCGGAACAGACUUACCCCCGUCUUUCCGUUUGUUGUUAUUCCCCCAGACACAACAUCUGAACGCCUCAAGGCAGAACGGCCCUUCUUGUUCUCUGCGAUAUGCAUGUCUGCGUCAAUCUCAGAUGUCAAUUCGAUGCGUGGACAGAUGGUCGCCCUUACUCAGCGCCUGAUGAACGAGAUGAUGGUCGAAAGUAAUCGAUCAAUGGAUCUGCUUCUUGGCAUACUGGUCAUGCUAGCCUGGUACCAGAAUCACUGCUUGAUGCACGCUCAGCUCAACAAUCUCCUUCACCUGGCUCAAGCCCUACUGGCGGAUUUAGGUUUGAACAGGUCGCCUGAGGUCCAGGAGCGAUCUAAUGUCAUGGUCUUGAAUCCGCCAGCGCCUAAUCGAACAACGAACGAAGAUAGACGAGCAAUACUAGGUGUUUGGUUCCUCAGCUCCUCGGUGGCGACUGGCUUAAUGAAAGCGUUGCCCAUGAGGUUUUCAAGAUAUAUAAAACAGUGCCUCGAGGAUCUAGAAAAAGCAUCCGAACACGAAUCCGAUCUUCUUCUCGUCCAUCUUGUCAAGAUACAACGUCUGACCGAGCGGAUCCACAACUGGACGUCUCAGGAGGACGAAGAGGAUGAUGUCUCGGCCAUUUUGAAAGCACCUCCAGCAGCCUAUCAGGUUGCCUUUCACGGAGAGAUUGGCAGGCUGCAGGCAUCAUUACCUGCCAGCUUAACUGAUAACAGAUUGCUACAAGUGUACUUUGCCUUCGUGACACUUCACCUUAAUGAACCGCCGCCUAUCGAUGCAGGUCAGUUGAAGAAGCUUGCGGACUCGCUAAACUCUGUGACUCUCCACGGUCCGUCAUCUCUCGACAGCCUAUACCGUGCCCAAUCGGCCCUGAAAGGGUUCUUUGAGAAGUGGUUCGAAAUGCCGACUGACUUUUAUACUGCGAUGCCAAUAUUUGUGAUGCUUGAAGUCGUCUACGGCAUCACAAUGCUGGCUCGGUGGGCGAAGCUUUUGGGUCCAGGUCAAGCUCGACGAGGGAAUACCGCGCCAGACAUUCUCAUCCCACAGAAGAUUGUCUGGGACCCUUCGGCUGUGCGGCCCUCCCCAAACUCAACGUUUGGGGCUGGCCUUGCACCCCUGCAAUCAUUUGAAAAGAGCAGCGAUGUCGAAACACAAUCCAAAAAGGUGUCAACAGCGAGUAGAGGCUCGGGUCUGGCGAAGUUGCCUCCACCAAUCACAGACCCAACACAGAUAUCAGCUACUCAGUUCCGCGAGGUCGCCGAUCCAACCAUCCCUAGCGUCGUUGCCUCCUUGAGAGCCAAAUUACAAAUACAGCCGGGUCUAAAUAUUGACAUCAUCGGCAUCUUAGCAAGCCUAGCACAGCGCUGCGAACAGGUGCACCGAGAGCUCACGGAGGAGGGAACAGGCGGGGCUUGGCAGAACGACGUAUGGUAUCUGUGCUCGAAGAAAGUCUUGAUAACUCGAGCCAAGUUGGAAAAAUGGGCCGAGAUUAUCGCCGUUGGUGGUGUGUCGACAGAACGCACGGCGGAUGCCGCGACGAAGAACACAAGCGAGAGAAACGACAUUCGGAUGGCGGAUUCUGGCAUGGCGGCAGAUGAGAGCCAGGCCACACACGGACGGCAGCCCGUUUACAAUGAAGAGAACACUCUCGCUGCAUUUCAGAAACAAAUGGAAAUGGCUGGACAAGGCGUAAUGCCCCCGGGGUCCAUAGGGGAUAACUGGCAAUUCGACAGCAUCUGGACGAACGAAAUGUUUGAUCAACUGGACCCGGCUAUGUGGCUGAAUGAUGGCAAUGAUUGGGAAAUGGCCCUGUUGGGCCCUAUACAAGAUAAUCAGUUCGGACUUUAA